CCGGCCGCCCAGCGCCCGACUGCGGACGUGACAGAGAGCAGCGGGGAGCCCAUGCAGGCAUGAACCACAUCAAGCUGGCUCUGCUCGGGAGCGAGGGCGCCGGGAAGUCAGCUGUCCUAGUGCGGUUCCUAACCCGACGAUUCAUUGGUGAAUAUGCCUCCAAUGCCAAUUCCUUGUACCAUAAAAGACUGUCGAUCGACGGCAGACAGCUGAACCUGGAGGUCUUUGACCCAUGUUCUCAGACCACAGAGGCGAGGUGUAUAUUGGAAGAACCGGUGGACUGGGCCGACGGCUUUGUGGUGGUGUACAACAUCAGUGAUCGGACCUCCUUCAUAAACGCAGAGAACAUCCUUCGGCAGAUUAGGGAGGCACGCAUGGACAACUGCAAAGGGGAGGUGGAUGUGCCUGUCUGUCUGGUGGGUAACAAGCAGGACCUGUGCCAUGCCAGGCAGGUAUGUGAAGAGGAGGGCCGCUGCCUGGCGCAUGACAACCGAUGUCACUUCCAGGAAGUGUCCGCCGCCGAGAGCUACCAGGACAUCGCCAACCUCUUCACCCAGCUUAUUCGGCACGUGAUGGAGCACCUCAAGUACCGCGCUGACCGCCGUCGCUACAGCGGCUCCAAGUCCAUGGCUAAGCUCAUCAACAACGUCUUUGGGAAGAGGAGGAAGUCCGUGUGA